AGCAAGAAUCAUGGCUGGCAGAGAGCUGCCGGAAGGAACGUGUUGGAUCAAGACGGAUCUCAUUGUGCAGACUGGAACGGACGACAGGUCGGGUGCACUGGAUUGCCUGAGUGCCCAAAACUCCGAAGCGGUCCUUGGCCGAAAGAAACUGUUGCAGAAAGGGACGACCAAGCCGGUUGUGCCCAUUUCGCCCUUUCUGCCCGAGAUUCACCACCGUGUCCAUUAUCGAACCGUGAUGGACAACAUUGGGGAACCUUUACAUCACAUUGAGAGGUUAGAUGUCGCAUUCAAUGCGCUGGCCGAUGUCGUUCAGGCGUGCAAAAUGAUGUGCAUUGCCGGAUUCAAUCAUCGGGAUCUUUCGCCAGGCAAUAUCAUCGUCGACAAAAAGGAGGGGCGAGGGCGACUUAGUGAUCUGGAAUUUGCCAAGGAUCACAUGAGUGACCUACCCGGUCACCACGCUGGAACGCCUGACUUUAUGGCAGUGGAGCUGAUCGAAAACGCAUACGGAUUCCGCGGGCGGCCACCAAGAACUGUUGGCGCGAUUCGGCAGCUGAACCAGACUAUUCCUCUGCGACAUAACGCCGGACAUGACCUCGAGUCAAUAUUGUGGAUCGCCAUCUUCCUGUUGUAUAAUUCCCUGGUGCUUGAUCAUGACAUGUCAAUCGAGCGAUCGGGAGACGAUACAUUGUUUGUCAAGGCCAGCCAGCAAAGGCAAUAUCGGGACGAGCUCUUCGACCCUUCACGUCGAACUCGGAUCUUCAUGGGCGACACAAACCUCUACGACACAAUGUUGGGGCAUUUCAGUAGUCCCAGUGUCCAAAUAUGUGGAGACAUCGGACAUGUGGAGACAAUGCAGUUCAAGCUGAAAGCUACGUAUAGAGUGUUUGAAACAGUUCUAAGCGAACAGGAACGCGGGCAGACACGGAAUGCGGUCUUCCUUUCGGCACACAACAAAUUUGAAGGAUGUUUGAGAACCAUCAGCGAUCUUUUCAACGGGGAGAAGUGCAAAAGAGUGGAUGACAUUCUAUGGGCGAAGCGGCACAGCCAAGACUAG